CGGUGGCUGCCGGGAAAGGAGCGGGAGGAACCGGCGGGAUACACGGGGAUACAGCGGGAUACACCGGGAAACACCGAGAUACACCGGGGUACACCGGGAUAUACCACGAUCCACCGGGAUUCACCGGGAUACAGCGGGAUACACCGAGUACAUCGGGAUACACCGGCACUCAUCAGGAUACACCGGCACUCAUCGGGAUACACCGCAACCGGGACCGGGACCUGCCGGGAGCGGGACCGGGAUCCCCAGGGACCCACCGGGAGCUGAAUCGGGGCCCACCGGGAGCCACCGGGAGGGGACCGGGACCUACCAGGACCCACGGAAACCCACCGAAAGCAGAACCAGGACCACGGAAACUCACUGAAAGCAGAACCGGGACUGACCGGGACCCACCGGGACUCACCGAAAGCAGAACCAGGACCCCCCGGGACCCACCAGGACCCACGGAAAUCCACUGAAAGCAGAACCAGGACCGACCGGGACUCACCGGGACCCACCGAAAGCAGAACCAGGACCCCCGGGACCGGACCGGGCCCCCCCCCGUGAUGUUGCCCCCCGCCAGCCGGCGGCUCCUGGCCCUGCUGCUCCCCGAGUGCGGGCGGUGGGCGCUCGUGGGGGUGCUGAUGGCGGCCGCGGCCCUCGGUGAGGUGGCCGGCCCCUACUUCACGGGCCACAUCGCUGACCGGGUGAUGCGGGAGGAGGACGCGUGGGCGGCCGUGUGGCCCUUGGUGGCGCUGGGGCUCGGCAGCGCCCUGGCCGAGCUGGGCUGUGACGGAGCGGCGGCCACGGCGCUGACCCGGGCUCGGGGGCGGCUCCAGCGCGGCGCGGUGGCCGCGGUGCUGCGGGGGGAUGCAGCCGGCUCGGGGGGCGUCCUGGGGGACACUCCGGCCGCGGUGGCCGCGCGGGUGACGGGGGAUGCGGCGGCGGCCCAUGGGGCUCUGGCCGACGAGCUGGUGCCGGCGCUGUGGGCGCUGGCCCGGGCAGGGGCUCUGCUGGCCGUGAUGGGCUCGCUGGCCCCGCUGCUGGCCCUGGGCACCCUCCUGCUGCUGCCCCUGCUCCUGCUGCUGCCGCGCCGCGUGGCCGCCACCCAGCAGGAGCUGGCGCGGGGGGCGCAGGAGGCUCUGGCCGGUGCCACCGCAGUGGCCCUGGAGUCGCUGUGGGCCCUGGGGACUGUCCGGGCCUUCGGCCACAAGGCCGGAAUGACCACCCGUGUCCGGCAGCGCCUGAGCCACGGCCACCACCUGGAGAGCAGAGAGGCCUUGGCAUACGGGGUGGCACGCUGGGCCAGCGGGUUCCCCACACUGGUCCUGAAGCUGGGGCUGCUCCUCGGGGGGGGACACUUGGUGGCUUCAGGGACCAUGACCCCUGGGGAGCUGGUCACCAUCCUCAUGUGCCACCUGCAGUUCACCAGGGCCGUGGAGUUGCUGCUGUUGCACCUCCCGGUUCUGGCCAAGGCCGUUGGCUCCUCUGAGAUGCUCCUGGAGCUGCUGGACGAGGCCAAGGAGGUGGCAGCGCUGGGGACACCGUCCCCUGUCACCCCCGGGGGCCAGAAGGGCUCUGGGACGCCGGGACUGCGUCUGGAGAACGUCUCCAUGACCUACCCUGGGCGGGCAGAGCCCGUCCUCAAGGGGGUGUCUCUGUCCGUGCGUCCCGGGGAGCUCGUGGCGGUGCUGGCGCCCCCUGGCGGCGGGAAGAGCUCCCUGGCGUUGGCCGCGCUGGGAGUGCGCCCCCUGGCGGCCGGGGCCGUGCUGCUGGACGGGGCCCCCCUGGGCCCCCGCGCUGACCCCGCCCUGCGGCGACAGGUGGCCGGUGUCCCGCAGUCCCUAUCCCUCCUGUCCCAUUCCCUCCGUGCCAAUAUCACACUGGGCUGGGGACACGGGGAGGGGACGCAGGUGACACAGGUGACACGAGUGACGGCAGUGGCGCAGCGGGUGGGGGUGCACGCCUGGGCCACGCGGCUGCCACAUGGCUAUGACACAGAGGUGGGCCCGCGGGGGAUGCAGCUCUCGGGGGGGCAGGCGCAGGGGGUGGCCCUGGCCCGGGCCCUGCUCAGGACCCCCCGCCUGCUGGUGCUGGACGAGCCCACGCGGGCGCUCGACCCCGUGACCCGGCGCCAGGUGGAGCGGGAGCUGCUGCGUCUCGGCGGUCCCGGGGCGGGGGAGGGGCCGGCGGUGCUGUUGGUGACAGGGCAGGUGGCCCUGGCCCGGCGGGCACCCAGGGUGGCCCUGCUGGAGGGGGGGCGGCUGCGGGAGCUGGGGGCCCGGGAGCUGGGGACCCCCUGGGACACUGCAGGGGACAGCGGGGACACC